UAAUAAUAAUAAUAAUAGAUUGUAAUGUAUUUUGUCGUAGAUUUAACAUCUUGUGGGUGACCACACUGACCAGUGAAGCUCAAGUGAAUAAACACGAAGAAAAUGGACUUUUACCAAUUUGUCCUUCUUGCCAGCUGCAUAGGUCAGAUAUCGAUGAACACAAGAAAGAAGAAACUGACUUUGUACCACAUGGAAUUUGAAAAAUACGAAGGUGCAACGUCUAUUUCAGAUAGGAGGACCCUUGAUGUUGAGGGCAGUAUCCAGAUAGCAGACGAUGCCAAAAUUCUGAUCCUGACAUGUAAACCAAACAUGGAAGCAAAAGAUAAGGAUGGGCAACUACUUUUCAAAAAAAAGGUCAAGGAAAAUAAAGCCUUCAGGAUUGAAUGGAGGUCACCUGAUAAAAAAAUAAAAGGAAUAUAUAGCAUAAUAGAAUCUGAAGCUAAAGACGACAUGUUUGGUUCAAGUAAUGCUAGAUGGCGAAGGAAGAGUGCUAAGUUUGUGCCGCAUUUUUUCAUUUCAGCACUGGGAAAUAGAAAUAUUCAAGCCACUGUUACGAAAAGCUCUAGUAAAAGUUUUGUGACGGUGUAUUUCAUACUUCAUCAAUGUGAACCUAUAAAUGGGGACUUUGUUUGUGAAAACGCUGUGACUCUGAAAGAUUCAAAAUCACUUUUAAUAAAAGAUUCUUUUAACUUUAAAGACAAGCUAGAUAUAUGUAUGCAGAAGAAACCCAGUGGUGGUUCCCAUACGUAUGACGAACUUUCUGAAGAGUACAGCAAAUUUCUGGCAGAGAGUUUCAACAGAGAAGGUUUCGGAGUAGCAGAAAUAAAACUUCAGGAAGCAGAGAAAGGUGAGAAGAGACAAGUCACAGUGAAGUGUGGAAUUGAGGAGAAGUAUGUUGAUGACGUGACAGAAGUGCUGGGGAUCUUCAUCUUCUACCAGCCCCUGUGGAUGAUACCCCAAGCACGCGUCCUCCUGGCAGGGCUUACAAAGACCAAAGUGUGGACAGAUCCCUACAACAUCCGAAUGUUCCCACAGUUCUCAGCAAUGCUGAAGGCGAAAGAUGCGAGUGGCAACUUGGGGCUAGGUGAAGAAGCAAACUUUGCUGUAAACAUUCCUCUUGACGAAUGCGACGCCCUACCGGGAAACUUCCAGUGUGCAAUGGCGGCGACGGUUGAAGGACAAGCAAAGCAUCCGGAACAUAAACAUUCGGAAAUAGAGACGGAGAUAAUUCGAGCUGUUUACAAACUGCAAAGAACAGCAGCAGCAAAACCAACAAAAAAAUGCAAAGUAAAACCAAAGGCUGAUGCAUCUGUGUCGAUGACUAAAAUGACAUCGAGCGCGUUAAGAAGAUCUGACGGAAUUAAUAUAAGUCCAGCUGUCCACUGGAUGGUGGCUGCGGUAAUGUUAGUAAGGAUCGCCUGUUAAAACUUGGUACAUAAUGUUUUGAGUAAGUCUAUAGUGUCGUCAGCAAAUGAAGACGCUUAUUCUUUAUUGAAACAAUGUGGAAUUCCUUCUUCUGUAUUUAUUUCAUUGAAUUUCACUAUAAUUUAUAUACAUUUAUAUUUAUGACAUAUCUUCAUUAAAAGGUUUACAUAUGUAAAAGAU